AUGGUGUUUUCUACGAGGGGCCGGAAAGUCCGGCGCCUGCUGCUGUCGCUUCUGCUCCUCGCAGCCUGGGAGGCCGGGAGCGGCCAGGUCCACUACUCGGUCCCCGAGGAGGCCAAACACGGCACCUUCGUGGGCCGCAUCGCGCAGGACCUGGGGCUGGAGCUGGCCGAGCUGGUGCCGCGCCUGUUCCGGGUGGCGUCCAAAGGCCGCGCGGACCUUCUGGAGGUGAAUCUGCAGAACGGCAUUUUGUUCGUGAAUUCUCGGAUCGACCGCGAGGAGCUGUGCGGGCGGAGCGCGGUGUGCAGCAUCCACCUGGAGGUGAUCGUGGACAAGCCGCUGCAGGUUUUCCACGUGGAGGUGGAGGUGAGGGACAUUAACGACAACCCGCCGGUAUUUCCCAUGGCAAUAAAGACUAUCUGGUUUCACGAAUCGAGGCUGCUUGACUCGCGGUUUCCUCUAGAGGGAGCAUCUGAUGCGGACAUCGGGGUAAACGCUCUGCUCUCCUACAGGCUCAGUUCCAGUGAGUUUUUCUUUCUAGACAUACAGACAAAUGAUGAACUAAGCCAAUCUCUGUCUCUUGUACUGAAGAAAUCUCUGGACAGAGAAGAAACUCCCGAGAUUAAUUUGUUACUAGUGGCUACUGAUGGGGGCAAACCUGAGCUCACGGGCACGGUCCAACUGCUUAUUGAGGUACUAGAUGUGAAUGACAACGAACCUAGUUUUGAUCAAUCAGUUUACAAAGUACAAUUGUUAGAAAACAUCGCAAACGGAACCUUAGUGAUUAAGCUAAACGCUUCUGAUGCAGACGAAGGAUCAAACAGCGAAAUAGUGUAUUCACUCAGUAGUGAUGUACCUUCUACCAAACAGAGCAAGUUCAAAAUAGAUCCCAGCUCAGGAGAUGUCAGAAUUAAGGGACAACUAGAUUACGAAGAAAUGAAAUCCUAUGAGAUCCAAGUCGUUGCAGCUGACAAAGGAACUCCAUCAAUGUCAGGGCACUGUAAAAUUUCAGUAAAACUCGUAGAUAUCAAUGAUAACAGACCAGAAGUCUCCAUAACGUCUCUUUCACUCCCCAUACGAGAGGACGCUCCACCUGGCACCGUCAUCGCCCUCAUCACGGUAUCUGAUCGCGACUCCGGUGCCAACGGGCAAGUGACCUGCACCCUGACACCCCAAGUCCCCUUCAAGCUCGUGUCCACCUACAAGAAUUACUACUCGCUGAUGCUGGACAGCGCCCUGGACCGCGAGAGCGUGUCGGCCUAUGUACUUGUGGUGACAGCGAGGGACCAGGGCUCUCCUUCUCUGUCGGCCACAGCUAACUUAUCCGUGGAGGUGGCCGACGUGAACGACAACGCGCCCACGUUCGAGAAGCCUGAGUACACGGUGUUAGUGAAGGAGAACAACCCGCCGGGCUCCCACAUCUUCACGGUGUCAGCGCGCGACGCGGACGCGAAGGAGAAUGCGCUGGUGUCCUACUUGCUGGUGGAGCGGCGGGUGGGCGAGCGCGCGUUGUCGAGCUACGUGUCGGUGCAUGCCGAGAGCGGCAAGGUGUACGUGCUGCAGCCCCUGGACCACGAGGAGCUGGAGCUGCUUCAGUUCCAGGUGAGCGCUCGCGACGCGGGCUUCCCACCUCUGGGCAGCAACGUGACGCUGCAGGUUUUCGUGCUGGACGAGAACGACAAUGCGCCGGCGCUGCUACCGCCUGGGGUGGGCGGCGCGGUGAGUGAGCUGGUGUCUCGGUCUGUGGGUGUGGGCCAAGUGGUGGCGAAGGUGCGCGCGGUGGACGCCGACUCGGGCUAUAACGCGUGGCUGUCGUAUGAGCUGCAGCCGGCAGCCGGCGGCGCGCACAUCCCGUUCCGCGUGGGUCUGUACACCGGUGAGGUGUGCACGACGCGCGCCCUGGACGAAGCGGACGCGCCACGCCAGCGCUUCCUGGUGCUGGUGAAGGACCACGGGGAGCCGCCUCUGGUAGCCACGGCCACCGUGCUGGUGUCGCUGGUGGAAAGUGGCCAGGCUCAGAAGACGUCUUCGCAAGUGCCGUCGGGUUCUGCUGACCCGGCGGCGACGCUGGUGAAUAUCAACGUGUACCUGAUUAUCGCCAUCUGCGGAGUGUCCAGCCUGUUGGUGCUCACGCUGCUGCUGUACACAGCGCUCUGGUGCUCGGCGCCACCCACAAAGGGCGCGUGCGGGCCGGGGAAGCCCACACUGGUGUGCUCCAGCGCGGUGGGGACCUGGUCCUACUCGCAGCAGAGGCGGCAGAGGGUGUACUCUGGGGAGGGGCCGCCCAAGACUGACCUCAUGGCCUUCAGCCCCAGCCUACCUCAGGGUCCAGACUCCAUGGAAGAAAGACAACAGCCCUCAGAAUCAGAGCACUUAGGAAAGGUGAGCUUUUUCAUUUUUUUUCCCUACCAAUUCUAGAACUAUUCUAUUUCCUUUAUUUAUUAUUAUGAUAGCUAUUAA